UGCAUUUUGUGAUUGGAUCUUUGUAUACGACUGGGACUCAGUAUCAAUUUAGUUCUUGCUCGAAGAUGUACUGAAAGUUCUGAGGAAGGAGUGAAGGGUGCAAUGUCCAUUUUGAUCUGUGCAAACGCGCUUCUCUUCACUUUCGACUUCCUCCAUCGACAAAGACACUAUGCCCGUUCGCGUGCACCUCCUUGAGAUAUCCAUCACAAUCUCAUCUUGAAUUGGUCUCCUCAAAAACAACCUCUGAUUGUCACGAUGAGCGAGAACAAUCGGUUGCCGGCCAACAUGGACCUGGAUGCCAUCCUCCGGACACUCGCCAGUCUACCGAAGCCUGAAGAGCAAGGGCAGCACCAGCCACAAGACAGCCAUUUGUCGCAUCAACUACCCACAGCAGAUCCACGUCUCGUUGGGCGUUCGCCACAACUUCAGUCCAUUCCAAAGCCUCAAGUGCGGUCCUCCACGCCGUUGAUUGAUCCUGCGAGUAUCAUAGACUGGAAGUCAGGGCUGCGUUGCGUUAGCAAGAUUGCCGCCCAAAACCCUGAGUUUGCUGCUUCUAUCCGCAAGCUGACCAAAGACCAAGAACGCAACGUCAGUCAAUGGGAAGCCGGGCGAGCACGACUCAUCGAAGAGCAAGCCCUGAAGAAGGAGAAUGAACAGACACAUCGAGCUGCUUUAUCUCUGCCAGGCCUUCUAGAGAACACUCCACUACUCCGAACUCCAGAGCGCGAACAAGAAGAACUCAAUCAGUACGACGCCAAGGUCUAUCGAGCCAGCAAAGCGAUGGUUGAGUCGCAGACUUCGUCGUUGAAGGUCCUGGGUGUGCCAUUCUUUGGUGUGCGGCCGCAUCUCCUGACGAGUGAGGAUGAAGAAAUUCGCAUAGGUGCUGACGGAAGCCCCACCAAGAUCACUCAAGGUCAGGUCUUGGAGCUUCAAAGAAGGAUGUUGACCCAUCUGCUGGAUUUGUAUGGGGACUGAUCACUACCUAGUGUCCCACGGCAUCGAAAGAGCGGAGGUGGGACGGAGUAUACUUUUCAAAUCUGCGUCAGUGAGAUGUCUACGCCCGAGAAGCCUCGCUGUCCAACGAAUCUGUCCUCUCCGCAUAUUAGCUUUGCGUACUUUCAGGUUGAUUUUGCCCAUGACCUUCAAGUCGGUACUUGAGCAUCGCACAUGCUGCCAUGUGCAGGCCAUUUCACCCGGCCACAGCUGAGAUUGCAGGCACAACAUCGGCGACACCACCCAGGAACCGAAUCGUUCACUCCCAUGCAACAUUCGAGGUUCGUUGCACUUUGCACGCGAUUGUGUUGCUGGUUGCCAAUAGAAAGCCUGUUUACAAAACAGGCAAGAGCGACACGGGUGUUUGCGUCACUGGCACAC